AUGGCACCUGCACUAGAACUCCUCGAGAAGCCCGUCAAGAGUCUGCCGACCAAGGCGCUACCAUUGAACCAUGAUGGCACGACUUCAGGCGACGAUUUGAAAUUGGAAAGCACAGAGAAACAUCAACGUGUGAUGAAUAUCUUUCGAGUUUUCAUCGCUGACCUAUGCCAACAGUUCGGCGAAGGUCAUGCUGGGUCCCCUAUGGGAAUGGCUGCCAUCGGGGUGGCCUUAUACAAGUAUGUCAUGAGGUAUUCUCCGACAAAUUGCGAUUAUUUCAAUCGCGAUCGGUUUGUUCUUUCCAAUGGUAAGCCUCAUCACAGAAUUUUCCAGGGCCCAAGACAUGGAGGCUAA